AUGGAUCCGCCUACUUCCGCCACCAAGCGGCGGGAGGCGGAGCGGUUUAUGAGCAUCGCCGAGAAGCUCCUGACGGCACGCGACCUGGAGGGCUGCAAGCAGUUCGUCGCCCAAGCCCUCUCCUUCGACCCCCGCACCCCAGGCGCUGACGACCUCCUCGCCGCCGCCGAUGCCCUCCUCGCCGACAAGCGUCGGCGCCUCCCGUCCGGGGCCCUCGAUCCCUACGCCGUCCUUGGCCUCGACUCCGCCAUGCCGGCCUCCCGCGAGCCUGACGUCGUCCAUUCCCACUACCGCCGCCUCUCCUUCCUGCUCAACCGCUCCCACCCCGACCGUCCCUGCUCGCUCGCCUUCGCCGACGCCGCCCGCCUCGUCGCCGACGCGUGGGCCUUCCUAUCGGAUCCCAUCCGCAAAGCCUCCCUCGACUUCGACCUCGACGCUGCCACCGCUGCAACUAACGCAGCUGCAGCCGCCAAAGCCGCCGCCGCCGCCGCAGCAGCAGCAGCUCGUGUGCCCACCGCUCCCCGUCCAGAGAAGCAGCAUCAGCCGCAGUCACGGUCACAGCCACCGCCACCGCCGCCUGCUCCGCAGCCACCGCAGACUGUGUCGGGCACGCCGCCACCAAAGCGCGGGCGACCGCCGCGGGCUGCCAAAACGCCGGCGACGACGCCGCCUGCUCCGCAGCCACCGCAAACCGUGUCGGGCACGCCGCCACCAAAGCGCGGGCGGCCGCCGCGGGCGGCCGCCGCGGGCUGCCAAAAUGCCGCCUGA